AUGGGAUCAGACCCUGAACCAUACACGAUAUCCGUCCCUGAUGCGUCCAUUGAAAAGCUAAAGAGAAAAUUGUCUGAUGCCGACUUUCCAGAUGAGCUCGAUACGCCGGACCAAUGGCCAUACGGAUCACCACUAUCCGACAUAAAACGCCUAGCAAAGCACUGGGAAACAACCUUUGACUGGCGCAAAGCUGAAGCCCAAAUCAACAAACUCCCCAACUACAGAAAAAAGGUACAAGUCAAAGGCUUCGGAGACAUCGAUAUCCACUUUGUCCACAAGAAAAGCACAAACCCAAACGCCAUCCCCCUCCUCUUCUGCCACGGCUGGCCCGGUUCUUUCCUCGAAGUCACAAAACUCCUCCCUCUACUCGACUCCACCAGCUCCACCAGCCACCCAGCAUUCACCAUUGUCGCCCCCUCCCUCCCCAACUUUGGCUUCAGCCAGCGAAUCCGCAAACCGGGCUUCGCCCUGCCGCAAUACGCCGAAACCUGCAACACGCUCAUGCACGACCUAGGCUACACCCAAUACAUCACGCAAGGCGGCGACUGGGGCUUCUACGUGACGCGAAUCAUGGGCCUGCUGUACCCGGACUCGGUCCUCGCCAGCCACAUCAACAUGGUGCGCGCCCACGCGCCCAAGUUUUCCUCGCAGCCCUUGCUGGCGCUGCAGCACGCAGUCACGCCUUACAGCGCCGCCGAAACCGCCGGUCUGGCACGCGGGGCGUGGUUCAAAGGCCAAGGCCAGGCGUAUCGCCAGUUGCAAGCUACAAAGCCGCAAACGCUGUCGUACGCGUUUGCGGAUAGUCCGGUUGCGCUGCUCGCGUGGAUCUAUGAGAAGUUGGUCGAGUGGACGGAUGGGUAUGCGUGGAGUGACGGGGAGGUGCUCACGUGGGUUAGCAUCUACUGGUUUAGCACUGCGGGACCAAAUGCGCAUAUAAGGAUUUAUUAUGAGGCCGGGCAUAAUCCAACAGUUGAGGUGCCGGAUAGGGAGAGGGCGAGUGGGUGGGUGGGUAACGUGAAGUUGGGGGUUGCGCAUUUCCCCAGGGAGAUUACGGUUGUGCCUAGGUUGUGGGCGAGGACGUUGGGUCCACUAGUGUACGAGAGUGUUCAUGACAAAGGUGGUCAUUUUGCGGCGCACGAGAGGCCAGAUGCGAUUGCUGAGGACUUGCAGAAGAUGUUUGGCAAAGGUGGACCGUGUUUUGGGAUUGUGCCUGGUAAGUCUGGAUAUUAG